GUGCGCACGGAAGGCGGAAAUCCCCGUCAGGAGGAGACGUGGGAGGGGAAAAAGGGAAACGGCCUGAACCGAGCAGCCUUUGGCUUAGCGCGGCGCAGCACAACUCGGGUAGCCGCCUGCCUCCAGAGCCGCUGCGAUGGAGCUGCGAGGUUAUGGAUUUCUGUUACUGUUCCUUCACACCAUGAGAGCUGUGAUUGCACUGGAGAAGAUCAUUGUCAGUAAACCUGGAGAAAACACUACGUUGAGUUGCAUUUAUCGAGGAAGAAAAUUGCACUUAAAAAAUCUACGGGUAUACUGGCAAAUAGAUGACGAUAAAGAGGAGUGUACAGUUGUACAUGCAUUGAUCUCUGGUCAAGACAAUGAAAGUAAACAGUGUAUUCACUUUAAAAACAGGACUCGGUUAUUCUGGGAUAGAUUGGAAAAUGGUGAUUUUUCUCUACUAUUACUAAACGUCAGCCAGAGUGAUGAACAUACAUACAAAUGUAUAGUACUGGAGAAAGCUGACUAUACCAGCAUGGUUCAUCACGCAGAAGUGGUUCUCAGUUUAGCAGACACUCAGCAGAAGCGAAGCAAUGGGUGUAGCACGGAAAGUCACAAAAACCUGAAAAGAAAUGGACAAGGUGCUCAGGCAGCUGGCAUCGUUUCCAUUGUCAUUCUGAUAGGUGUUCUAGCUGUAAUAAUCUGCUAGCUGAGGAGACGGAGGUCCGCUAGACUAGAGUCCUACACAGCUAUGCUGAAGCCCCUGUUGCCAUCAAGACAGCGCCAAAUGUUUCAGGCAUCCCAAUUUGAGGGCAGCUUGGACCAAUACCAGAGAAGCGAGAAUGAUCUAGGAAACGUGACCUCUGAUGAAGGACUGGUUAUGCUUGUAUAAGCUGGAGAAAGAAAAGCUGAUUAAGGACACAAUAAUCCCGCUCUUCAGCGAGUCCUUAAAGAGGAUGAGACAAGUUAUUUGCUGUUCCAACCCAGCAGACACAGCACUUAAGGCAUAACAGGCUGAAACAAAGAUUUAAGUUAGAUGUUAGGAAGAAAAGAUGCUUGUCUAAGGGUAAUAGUAGUUGAGUACUGAGGCAAAGAGUUUGUGCAGGCUGUUAAGUCUCUUGUCAGUCCAGGUUUGGUGCUAUUCUGUUUUUCCUUAAUGAAAAAGGAAAAAAGUAUCUGUCAGAAAUUCCUUAGAAUAACUGGCGCUACUGUGAGACUACUGUGAUGGCUUCUUGGAUACAUCCUAGUCUAAUUCAGUCAUCAUUUUAUAUUUUCAAACAAGUUGCAUGUAGUGGAUGAGGGGUAAGGCACUGUGGAGGUGCACCCACAGGGACACACUGCCACAACAUUUUGCUUUUAAAUACAGAUGUAAAAUAAGUUUCUGCUUUUAGCAGUUUCACUUUAUGAAGAAGGUCAGAUUGUUUCAUAGGAGUUGGGAAUCCUGAAUACUGCAAACCAAAAAAAAAGAGCCUAUUGAGACUAGCUUUGCUGUUACAAAGGAAAAAGUUUUGGAAACUGUGAGGAAGGCAGGUUGAAAAGAAGAGCAACUUCAUCCCGGUGGGGUUAGUUUCUCCAAACACGCAUUACAGUCAGUGGGGAGAAAUUCAGAGCUGGAGCAAUUCUGAAUUGGUUUCUGGAGGGAUCCCAUCCCUACUUGUAGAGGAGUUUCAGGAAGAUUGUUUCCCUUAACCACAUCCAGGGUUUGUGCAUCCUCUUCUCUGAGGGUGACACUGACAAGGGAGGGAGAUGUUAGCAGGAGAGCACUUCUUGCAUUUGCACAAAGAGAGGCACUUUCAUUCUAUGGCACAAGGGCAGAGGGUCCCUAGUGUCUCAGGUACCCAGGCAGAGGCAGGGUUUUGCACUAGCUGAUUCUUUCUCAGAAGCAUGAGUAUCUCUUUUCCAUACCUUUGCAGCUUGUUUCACUGGUUAUGUAGGAAAGACAAUGCUAGGACAGUUAUUUUGGGGGGAUUUUUUUUUUAAU